GCACUCCAGGCCGGUAGGUGGCGGUAGAACAACAGGACGCCGGCUGUCAGCCAUUUAAAACCAAAGUCAAAAAGAGCCGAGGAGGAACGGAAAGAAACAGGAAGAAGAAGAAGACGCGAUCGGUUCCACAAUGACUGCGACCAGGAGACUAGGCAAGGAGCUUGAUGACAUGCGCAAAUCUGGGAUGAAGCAUUUCCGCAACAUUCAAGUGGAUGAAUCAAAUAUCUUGACAUGGCAAGGGCUCAUUGUUCCUGACUGUCCCCCGUACGACAAAGGAGCGUUUCGGAUUGAGCUCAUCUUCCCCGCCGAGUACCCAUUCAAGCCACCCAAGAUCACCUUUAAGACAAAAAUCUAUCAUCCCAACAUUGACGAGAAGGGUCAGGUGUGCCUGCCCAUCAUCAGCGUGGAGAACUGGAAGCCAGCUACGAAAACCUGCCAAGUGAUUCAGGGUCUCAUUUCUCUGGUGAACGUCCCUCAGCCCGAGCACCCGCUUAGGGCAGACCUGGCAGAGGAAUACACUAAAGACCGGGCGAAAUUCAUGAAGAACGCAGAGGAGUUUACAAAGAAACACAGUGAAAAGCGACCCGUGGACUGACAACACAACAGGGACACUCGCGGCUGUCGGCCUCUUUUCUGUUGUCCUGUUCAAAGAGCUCACCCUGACUCUGUGUCCUUAUCUCUAAACCACACAGAGAAGCCCUGUUCUCGCGUACCUGCAUUGUUUUAGCACUCUCCAACCACUCCUUAAUAGAGGCUUGUGUUUCUGUUUCACUUUGCCAAAAAACGAAAGAAAAGAUAAAAAGCAGGACUUUUUGGUGAGUAGGCAGACUCUGGCCUCUAGGUGUCACCUUUUGGUUUGUUAAUGACUUCUUUCUACUGAUUUCUUUUUAGAAAAAAUAAGAAAAUUGUCAGAGGUGGCAUCCUGGAAAGUAAAAUGUCAGAUUAAUUAAAAGUGCUGUUCUGCUUACUUAAAUGUUGAAUGUUUUCUCAGAUUAAUCAUUAGCUUAUGCAGACCUGUUUACAGAUUUUUAAGCUUCGUUAAGUUCAAAUUGCGCAGCAUCUAAUGCUGCUGUUUAAAUAUCUGUUGUAUCCUUCCUCCAGUUCUCCCUUUUGUUUCUGUUCUCCCCUGAGAUGCACUGUACUCUGUGAAAUCACCUGUUGCAGUACAUGAAAAUGACAGGAUGUGACUGAUUCAGAAUUCCACAUGUAAACAGAAAUUUAUAAAGAUGCAACAACAUUCAUGAGUCCUUUGAAAUGUUUUGAGACAUAGGAAAAAAAAAUCCCUUAUAAUUAAAAUCCUUCCACCUCA